UGUGCCACACCUCCAGCUUCUAGCUUUAGUGCAGACAGAGCAAGCAUACCUACAACAAUGUAGCUCUGAAGGCUGUGAUUAUCUUUUUCAUAUUUGUGUUACCCAUGUGUCUCUUUCAAAUAUCUGGGUUGGAGUUUCAUAAAAUGACCCCAAAAAUGUAUGCAAUGUGAUGCAGAUGAAGGGAUCGACUUCUCCGUGAAAUCUGUGUGGGUGUGAAUGCAUGAUGUGAUAACUAGGAGGAUGGAAGAGAAGCUAAACCAGCAGGAGGUGGAAUGGCAGCAGGUCCAAGAAAAACUGAACAGACGCAACCGGGACAUCAAAAGACUUUCAAAGGAAAACAGUAGGGCUCCCCAUCAAUUGAUAGCAGAAAGGAAGGCAACAGGGGCAGAGAUGGAAGAGACUGGCAACGGCCAGAUGGAAAUGCAGUCUGCAGAGACAGCCGCGUCCAUAGUGCCACACAGCUGUCUAACCUCAGCCACAAUAGAGAAGCUCAUCAAUGCAGUCAUACCUGGUAAAGAUCCUGUCCCUAUCACCAGUAUUCAGAUGGAUAGAGACACACUACAGGAUGGGAUAAGCACCAGGGAUGGCCGGGAGCAGGAGGGGGACUUGUGUCAUAAAUCAGGGCCGGGGCUCAUGUCUGAGUGGCCACGGAGGAAAGCGAGAGAGGAGGUUUGGUCAGGGGAUGCCAGCCUCCAGCAGACAAGUGUCCUGGGCCCGGGUGAUGGAUGUGGCACGAAGCCAGAGGGGAAUGCUAACAAGAUCAAAGGCGCCAUGGCUGACUGCUACAAGGAGAGACCUGACUCUGGUGGGAGCUCAUUAAGCAGCAUGUCCCACCUGCAGAGCAGCAGAGGAACUCGCUCCACGUCUGUCCUCCCACAGAACAGCACUCAUCCUCAGCUCGACAUAAAGCCCCUCUGCAGUCAGGCAGCCCGCUGUCCGCCUGAGAAAACUAUCUUCGAGGGCCUUUUUGGCUGUGCAGAGAUCGAUGAAUCUGGAGGUUUGCAGGGGUUUACAACAGAGGUAGAGACUGCAGCAGCCUCAAUUCAACACUCUGGGCUGGGCUCUCUGGUCAGCAGAGUUACUUGGUUGGUCCAGGGACCAGGGUGCGGGGCGUCUCCUGUGGAGCUCUCCCUCAGUAUUGCAGCAUGUCAGGAAAGAGGGUGUACAGCAUGUUGGGGCCCGCUGGUCCAGUCAUGUUGUCUCUCUGGUCAGGGAGGGUCAAUAUAUGUCCGUAGUGAAGGACAGCAAGGUCUUCUCUAAGGUAAAGGAUAGUCACAUUUUCUCCAUGGUUAAAGAUCUUUCUAUCACACAGCACAUCCACACGGAGUUCACUCGAUACCUUCAUCAGAAAAUGGUAGAAGAAAUGCCAAAUGACAUUCAGCUAAUUCCACAAGAUACGUCGACAAGGAAUAACAGUAUCAAGGAUCUACAGUUACCACAAGAGCAAGACAAAGCUGAUAUUCAUGUAAAACAAGGACACACACUCACUACAGAGCUGCUACCAGUGAAACACAUCAGUAACCCUGUGGUUAUUCACCUGAAGACAAAGAUCAGGCAUUGGAGAACUCAAUAAAUGUCCACAACACAAACGACGUACAAAUCUUUAGUCAGACGCUCAUCUCCACCUCACUGCACAACUCCCAGAAGA